AUGCCGUCCGGUUGCGCUGGGGCAGACAGGCCGACGCAGGUGAUGCGCUUCUCCGGCCCUCCUCGCGGAACUCUCCCGCGACCGCCAGUGCCCGCGCCGGAGGAGGUGCAGCUCCCGCAUCCGGCGGCGCCCGUUCAGGAGCCUGCUCCACUGGAGCCGAUUGAGGAGGACGUCGCCACCUCGCCCCAGCACGCUUCGCCACCGCCACUGCCCAUCGUCGCGGAGGAGGCACGUGCAGAUGGGGAUUCUAGCGACCCAUCGGCGGCGGCGGCAGCAGCAGCAGCAGACCCAGUGCCGCAGCAGGAGGAUGCUGUUUUGACUAGGGAGACAGAGUUAGUGAAUGAGAUAUUAAAUGCUGAUAAUGCAUUUUCUGGUAAAUCCUUGUCGCCUGACGAUUCAAGCGGCUCUUAUAUUAACAAUGCUGCACAUGAUCCUCACCUUUACUGGUACGGAGCAGUUGAAGGGUCCGCACCAGAUUAUACGCCCCAACUGCUCCUGGUGCUUGUCAAAAUACAUUAA